GGAAACCCGCUGAGUCGUCUUCUGAGAAGAGACCAUAUUUGUGUGCAGAGGAAGCUGUUGCUUUCUGGGAUCUGGCUACGGCACAGAAGGUUGUGCUCCCACACUGGAAAAGCCGAGGACGCUUCAAGCCCUGGAUUUGGGGUUCUUCUCUGUCGAUGGGUGCAGUGACUACGCCCUGCCUGUGAGCUUCUCCCAGGACAGCAGCCAUGGCCCUAAGGAAUGUGCCCUUCCGCUCAGAGGUUCUGGCCUGGGACCCUGACAGCCUUGCUGAUUACUUCAGGAAGCUGAACUACAGGGACUGUGAGAAGGCAGUGAAGAAGUACCACAUUGAUGGGGCUCGGUUUUUGAACCUGACAGAAAACGACAUCCAGAAGUUUCCCAAACUCAGGGUGCCGAUUCUCAGUAAGUUAAGUCAAGACAUCAACAAGAAUGAAGAGCGAAGAAGCAUCUUCACACGCAAACCCCAAGUGCAUCGGUUUCCUGAAGAGACAGAAAGCCACGAGGAGGACAACGGGGGCUGGUCGUCCUUUGAAGAUGACUACGAAAGCCCCAACGACGACCCUGAUGGGGAGGACGAUGGUGACUAUGAGUCCCCCAAUGAGGAGGAGGAGGCGGCAGCACCCAUGGAAGAUGAUGCCGACUACGAGCCACCACCCUCCAAUGAUGAGGAGGCCCUGCAGAACUCCAUCCUGCCUGCCAAGCCCUUCCCCAACACCAACUCCAUGUACAUCGACCGGCCCCCCACUGGGAAAGUCCCCCAGCAGCCUCCAGUGCCCCCUCAGAGACCCAUGUCUGCCCUUCCUCCCCUGCCCACUGGCCGGAAUCACUUGCCACACCCCGCACCCCAGCCCAAUCAGGAAGAACCCAGCAGAAGUCGAAACCACAAGACAGCUAAACUGCCAGCGCCUUCAAUAGACAGAAGCACCAAACCUGCCCUAGACCGCUCACUAGCUCCGCUUGACAGAGAGCCCUUCCCAGCAGUCGGAAAGAAACCAGUGUUUGCCGACAAGCCCUUGCCCCCUGUGGGAAGGAAUCUCGGGGAGCAUUUACCCAAGACACAAAAGCCUCCUUUUCCACCAGCUGCAGAGAGACCAGAACGAAGUAGCCCCCUGGCAGGGAAGAAGCCAUUGGUGCCAAAGCAUGGAUGGGGGCCAGACAGAAGAGAGAAUGAUGAAGAUGAUGUCCAUCAAAGGCCUUUGCCGCAGCCAGCCCUCGUUUCUAUGAGUUCCCACACUUUCCCUUCGAGAUCUGCCAAGCCAAACCCCAAGCACUCUCUCCCAUCAUCUCACAGCUCUGGAGCCUUCUCAGAAAGUAACAGCAGUUUUCCACAGAGUGCCUCCUUGCCACCAUACUUCUCUCAAGGCCCUAGCAACAGACCACCUCUCAGACCCGAAGGCAGAAGCUUUCCCUUGCCAAUUCCAAGCAAGCCUCAGUCACUGUCCCCCGGGAGAGAAGAGAACUCAUUGGACAAAGAGUGGUAUGUGUCUUAUAUUACCCGACCGGAGGCAGAAGCUGCUCUUAGAAAGAUAAACCAGGAUGGCACUUUUCUGGUUAGAGACAGCUCUAAAAAAACAAUAACCAACCCAUAUGUCCUCAUGGUGUUGUACAAAGAUAAAGUUUACAACAUCCAGAUCCGUUAUCAGGAGGAAAGUCAAGUUUACUUGCUGGGAACCGGACUCCGAGGGAAGGAGGACUUUCUGUCUGUGUCAGACAUUAUUGACUACUUCAGGAAAAUGCCACUCCUGCUCAUUGACGGGAAAAAUCGAGGCUCGAGAUACCAGUGCACAUUAACACAUGCCGCAGGCUAUCCGUAGCAAGCCAGGCCAGCAAAGGAGCCUUUCUCUUCCCUCUGUGUAACAGGAAGGUCAACCCAUCUCAGAGAACAAAGGCUUAGGACUGAAAGAUGAACAUCACUCUGGUAGUGAAUCGUGUUUAGAAGACAAACUGAAGCUUAUUUUCAAGUGUCUUGGUUGAAAGGGACAGAAAUUAAGAAGUUUUAGGAUAAAGUGUUCUUUUCCAUUGCUGUCACUGAUUAUUGUGGGAAUCUCGUGUUUUUCAUGACUGGUUCUUGUUCUCUCUCUCCACGCACUGACAACUCUGUUCGUUCUUCUGAACCUCGCACCUCUUUUGCACAAGCCUUAUGACCCUAGCUGUACUGAUCACCACUGCUCCAGCCCUGGAUUGUGAUAAACACCUUACCAAAUCCAGGCAUCAGGGUCCCUGUCUGAAAUAUUAAAUGUGGAUGCCAAAAGGCAAUGUAACCUGUAACUGUCUGCUACUACUCUUCUACCUUCCUACUUACCACAUCGAGGGAACCAAUGUAUGACAGGAGAGACUGAGGUCAGCUCACACAAAUACAACUAAUAGACCUAAGAUAGAUUCUUGGAGUCCUGAGAUCUAUUUCAGCUAUGGACUUCCAAGUCACAUGACCCAUGUUUUAGCUGGUUGUGUCUGGUACUUGCUACCAGAAGAGUUCUGAUUAGUCUAAACUCAUGUGACCCAUUAAUAAUUUGGUAACUCUUUGUCAACCUAAGCUAAAUUCAAACAUAAGUAAAAGAUAGCAGUGUCCCAUGGCCAAUUUCCUAUACAUUCUUUCCAUCACCAUCAAUGAAAUAAACCAGUCACUUUUUUUUUUUGCUUAUUCUGGGGUUUGAACUGAGGGCCCUGCAUUUGCUAGGCAGGUGCUCUACCACUUCAGUCAU